GACGAGAUCCCAACUUUGUCCAAUAUGCACCGCCACAAGUUACCCAGCACCUGGCAGUCCAGUGCCGGACCGAGGAAGGUACCAAGGUACUGGCAAUUAAGCUGUUAAGGUAAUCAAUUGUGGAACCCACGCCGAACCGUGCAAACGCGCUUAGGCGCAACAACUACGUCAAAAAAAAGAAGCUCCAGCGAAAACGCGAUUGCGGCAUCACCACACGGUAAUAAUUUAUACGACGCAGCUCUUAAACCGCCCAACAUGAUGGAGAUUGAGGAGGAAGAUAUCUUGCGUAAUAUCGCGAAUGGCGGACAGAUCGACUAUUCUGUCUGGCCGGCUCUACUACCACGAAUAAUCUCACGAAUAGAAAGGGUCGCGCGUCAUGAAUUCCCAAUACCUAACCUGCCGCCUCCGGCAGCCACUAUCAUACCAUCAUCCAUACCACCGCCUCAGACGCAAACAGAUUCGGAAUCGACAGAGAACUUCCUGUCGCCGCUCCCGUCAUCGCCCCUAGAACCCACCAGCUCCAACUCCUCCCAAGAUAACAAAGAAAACACCCCCAUAGCCCCACGCGUUCAACCGCCUCCUACAUCCGCCCCGGCCCCGGCCCAAGCUGCAUCUGCACCGGCAGCAGCAGCAGCCGCUCCCCCGCCGCCUGGCACGCUGCCCCAGCAAAUAACCUCCAUGCUCACCGAGAUAACCUCGACCCUGCAAACCACGUUCCCGAAGUACCCGCCGCACACGCUGCAGCGGCUGUCCGAGCUCGUCAUCGCGCCGAAGCACCACUACCGCUCGCUGCCGACGUACCUGCACGCCCUCGACCGCGUCGUCCACGUGACGUCCGGUUUGAACAUCUACCCCCUACCCCCAGCCAUCCCGGACAUGAAAAGCGGCUCGCUCCUCUCCAACGGACUCACCGACGCGCUCGCCGCGCCGUCCCCCUGGGCCACGCCAGGUAGCGACGAGGCGCUCGGCGGCGCCUUGCUAACACCGAUUCCCUGGCUGCAGCCGAACCACCACGGCAUCGGGGGCCCGUCAUCCGCACUCAACACGCCCGGGCAACGCAGUCCCAAUUCCGCAGGAGGCGGCGGCGGCGGGGCAGGAAGUGGAGGAGGAGGACAAGGCAACGCGGGCGCGGGCGGUUCUUCCUCGAUGGGCGGCGCGGGAGGAGCGAUGGGAGGAGGCAACGACCUGGAAGGCGAGGUACGGACGGAGAGCACGGAGACGAUCGACGGCCCCAACGGCGUGGGCUCGAUCGAGACGGUCAGCGUCAGCGUCAACGGGAUCCCGUCCAUGGGCGCGCGCGGCGUCGGCGUCACACAGGGCGAGCUGCUUAGGCAGGAGCAGCGCGCCGGCGUCGUGCCCGUCAGCCAGCUCGUGCCUAGCCACCACGUGCACAGCGCUAACCCGCAUGCGCAGGUCCACAGGCGCGCUUCUGCUUCUCCGACUAGCGAGGCGGUGCCUUCGGGUUCUGCGGCGGGCGGUGGGGCGCAAGUGCAAGGGGGACAAGCAGGGCAAGCGCAAGGGCAGGGUGCUGAGGCGGAUCGGAAGUCGGUUUCGCCUCCUACGGCUGCUGAGGUCGAAAAUGCUGCUUCUUCUGCGUCGUCCGCGAACGUUGGUAAUGGUAAUGGUAACGGUAACGGUAGCGGUGCGGCUGGAGCUGGAGCUGGAACUACCGCAAUUUCCCAACCUAACCCUAAUCCCGUCGACGCCGAUGCCCCCGUCGGCUCCAUCGCCGGAUCCGAGGAAGAAAAGCCGCACGCCCGCGGACCGGAAGAGAUCGGCCCCGAGGACAUGGGUCCGCAGCACGGCAGCAGCAGCAGCACCUCGUCGACGGUUGGCGGGCCCGGCGGCGUCGAGAUGCAAGGCAUCGACAUCGAGGCCGCGGUGGGCCGCAAGCGCGGCGCUAGCAAGAGCCCCCCGACGACGAAGCCAGACGAGGAUAAGAUGGAUGUCGAGGUCUCGCAAGCGCAGGGACAGGGACAGGGACAAGGAGGGGAAACGAGCGCGAGGAAGAGCCGGAGCAGGAGCUCGACGCCUAAACGCGAAGCGGAGGAUGAGUUGGACGCGGGUGGUGUGAAGAGGGUUAAGGAAGGGGGAGGAGCUGUGGAGGGAAAGGGGAAGGCGGCUGCUGAGGAUACGGCGAUGGAUACUUCUACCGACGGCAAGGAGGCCGCCGAGGGCCAGGCUGAGAAGGGAGGGGGUUAGCGACCUACUCUCCUUUUUCGCGUACGAGAGGGGAAGAAAGAGUAGGGUUACUUGAGAUAGUAAGGGUUUUUUCAAGAUCCUAGCUUGAAUGAUCGAGGAUGGGGAGUCGGGAUUGUCGGCGUAUGUUUUUUUUUUUCUUCCGUCGGCUGCUUCGGAAGCGGA